AUGAUUUCCCGCCAUAUUCAAACUCUCGUCCAGGUCUCAAAAGCCGUCCAUCUUCUCCAGCUUCACUCUCUGAUCCUCAAAUCGGGUCUGGAUCGCGACCCGCGUUUCAUCUCCCACUACCUGUUGUUUGCCUGCUCGAAAUCAAUUGAUUUUGCAAAAGCAGUUUUUGAUCAAGUAUCCAAUAAUUAUACCCCACCACUUUUUGCUUGGAAUGUAAUUAUCAGAGCCUUCUCCAAGAGCUCUGUCCCUGAUGAAUCAAUAAAACUCUUCUCUCGCUUGCAGAAUAUGGGUCUUCAACCUGACAAUUUUACUUACCCAUUUAUUCUGAAAGCUUGUGGUCAAUGUUUGAUGUUUGGAGUCGGUGGGUCAGUUCACUCUUUGAUUAUGAAGGUGGGUUUGCAUUUGGAUCCGUAUAUAGGAAAUACCCUUUUGCGUAUGUAUGGUGCUUGUGGUUCAAUUGAGCUUGCAAGUAGGGUGUUCGACGGAUUGCGUGUGAGAGAUGUGGUUUCGUGGAGCUCUAUGAUCGCAGCAUAUGUUGCCUGGUAUAUUUGUUAUGGUGCUUCGGUUUAUAUGAUUUUCAUCAACAAUCCUUCCAAAGCCUUAACGGUUUUUCGAGAUAUGGCGACGGUUAAUGAAAAACCAAAUUCUGUCACAUUGGUGAGCUUGCUUUCUGCUUGUACCUGUCUACUCAAUGUCAAUGUCGGAAAGUCCAUUCAUUGCUAUGCAGUUGUUAAUUGCAUCUUUAUGGAUGUUGCUUUGGGGACAGCUCUCAUCGAGAUGUAUUCAAAAUGUGGGCACAUUGGGAAAGCCUUCCAAGUCUUCAAUUCAAUGAGUGAGAAGAAUUUGCAGUCAUGGACAGUAAUGAUCUCUGGUCUUGCAGAUAAUGGCCGCGGGGAGGAGGCUAUCUCUUUAUUUACUCACAUGGAACAGAUUGGGCUAAAACUAGACAGCAUGUCUUUUGCUGUGAUCUUGUCAGCCUGUAGCCACUUGGGACUUGUUGGCCAGGGCCAAAAGUAUUUCAACCAGAUGGUGAGGUUAUAUGAUAUCAAGCCAACUAUGGAGCAUUUUGGAUGCAUGGUGGAUUUGCUUGGAAGAGCUGGCUUGAUUAGCGAGGCCCAUGAAAUUAUCAAGAAUAUGCCAAUGGAGCCAAAUUCAGUUAUAUUAAGGAGCUUCUUGGGUGCUUGUAGGAACCAUGGUCAGAUUCCUAGUUUGGACGAUAAGCUUGCAGAAGUCCUGCUUAAAUCAGAGCCACACCUGGGUGCAAAUUAUGUACUUGCUUCUAAUGUAUCUUCUCUUUCUGGUUGCUGGGAUGAUGCUGCUGAACUGAGAGUAGCUAUGAAACAGAUGGGUUUGAAGAAGGUUCCUGGAUGUAGUUGGGUUGCGGCGGGGGGUGGUUAUUCUGAAAAGACUAUGAAAGAGGCUUUACGAUAAUUGUGAUUAUAGAUGGACAGAAAGUCAUUUUUGUAUCUAGUUUUGGAUUUCGGUUGAAAAAAAUGGAUGCACAAGAUAGUUGAAGACAGAACAGAGGACAAGUAAGAAAAUGGAUUACAAUUAACAGAGCUUGCAAAAGUUUUGGUGUUGGGUCUUUGGUAGGCCACACUAUACGGCAUGUAAUUUGUAAAGGUGGAAGGCAUUAACAGAGACCAGUAAGGAUUUGGUGCUCCAGUAUUGAUCAUUGAACGACUUUUGGGACUUGGUGAUCAUUGAACGACUUUUGGGACUUAGUCAAGCAAAACUUUGAAAAUAAAGUUUUGGGUUUGGAGAAAUUUGUGAGUUUUCAGGAGAGUAAACUUGAACCUGACUGUACAUUGCGGUCAAGACUUAUUUUGUAUGCAAUUCCAACUCUGUAAAUAAAACGAGGCAUGAGGUCAUUGAAUUGCACAGAAAUGAGAUUUUGACCAGAUUUUAGUUUUGUUCAAGGAGAAUUUCACCAGAUUUGAUCUUGUAAGUUUCCAAUAUUACCCUCAUGUGCCAUGAAGCAAAGCGAGUAGCUGGAUCCAUGAACACAUGCCUCAAUAUGGGAAUCCUAACUUG